AUGGCCUCUGGUGUGGCUAUCUCCGAUGGUGUCAUCAAGGUGUUCAAUGACAUGGAAGUGUGCAAGUCUUCAACGCCAGAAGAAGUGAAGAAACGUAAGGAGGUAGUGCUCUUCUGCCUGAGUGAGGACAAGAAGAACAUCAUUCUGGAGGAGGGCAAGGAGAUCCUGGUAGGAGAUGUGGGGCAGACUGUGGACGACCCCCACACCACUUUUGUCAAGAUGCUGCCAGACAAGGACUGCCGCUAUGCUCUCUAUGAUGCAACCUACGAGACCAAGGAGAGCAAGAAGGAGGACCUGGUGUUCAUUUUCUGGGCCCCUGAGAGUGCACCCCUUAAGAGCAAAAUGAUCUAUGCCAGCUCCAAGGAUGCCAUCAAGAAGAAGCUGACAGGAAUCAAGCUUGAAUUGCAAGCCAACUGCUACGAGGAGGUCAAGGACCGCUGCACCCUGGCAGGAAAACUAUGUGGCAGCGCUGUGAUCUCUCUGGAGGGCAAGGCAAGCCUUUGUGAGCCGCCUCCAGCCCCCUGCCUGGAGCAUCUAGCAGCCCAGACCUGCUCAUGGGUGUUGCAGGCUGCCCCUUUCCUGCCAGACCGGAGGAGCUGGGGGGAUCCCAGCAGGGGGAGGGUAAUCCCUUCAUCCCAGUUGCCAAAUGCCCCCCCUCACGUCCUCCUCCCUCCACCCUGA